UAACAGCAUAAAAUUUAAUAACAGUGAGCAUAACAUAGAUCUGAAGACAAUUUUGUAAAAAUUUCAAUGUUUACCACAGAUAAAAUGUGUCGCCUAUGCAUGGCCCGUUCAAAUCUAAUUCACUCAAUUUUUGAGGAUAAUCUACUGCAAAAGGUUGCGAUUUGUGUCAGUAUAUUGAUAAAUCCUGGCGAUAAAACACUUCCGCUGGAAGUAUGCGCGCUCUGUGUACUGAAAGUGAAAGAUUUUUAUGAGUUCCGUCAAAAUUGUCAGAAAGUUCAGCUGCUUUUUGAACAAACUCGAUCAUCGGUUGAAGAAAAUAUCACAUCUAGUGAUCUAGUCCCUAAACUAGAACUAUGUUCCACUCUGGCACCGAGCGAUACCGAGCCGUUGAAGAUUACUAAACUGGAAGUGGAAUUCGAAACGAUUUCAACUGAAGGUGAACAAAUCGAAGAGUAUGAGUUACUUAACGACGAAGAAUCCGAGGUGGAAUUGGAACAUAUAGAACGGCUAGAGGACACACCACUUGAAGAUAAUGAGGAAAGUUUGAGUGAACACGACGAAUUGAAUUUGGACGCUGAAGAUUUAAUAGAAUCUGAUUUUGACCAACGUGCCGAUUCAUUGGUGGCUAAAAAUGAAUAUGAAAUUGUUGAAUUGCUCAGAUUUGACAAUAAUGGCCAAAAUGAAGCCUUUGCAAAUCCCCCUGCUUGCGUAAUAUCAUGUCUUUCGUCACCUAUCCAAGACCUUCAAGAAGAUGACGGUAUGAAUAAUUCAAGAACUAAACUUGCAGUGGCACGCAAAAGGAAAAAGCGUGAGCGAACAAAAGUAAAACCACGAGAUGAAAAGGAAAUCUAUCAGUCACUCUUACUGAAAUGUGAAAGAUGUGGGAAGUUUGUUGAACGCAAUCGAAUGGAAGGCCAUAUUAACCGGCAUGAAGGCAUACGCCCAUACACUUGUAAUGUGAGCGGUUGUGGCACAAAUUUUCACUGCAAAAUUGCUCUCAGGUUGCAUACGCAAGGACGACACAGUUCAAAACAACUACCAUGUGACAUAUGCGGAAAAGUCUACAGUUCGACAAAGACACUGUAUCAUCAUAAGAAGGAAACGCACUCCGAAAAGCAAUUCAAAUGCGAUAUAUGUGAUUUGGCUUUUGUUUCAAACGCCCGGUUGAAUCGACAUAGGAUGACACACAGUGAUAUUCGUGAAUUCAAAUGUUCGUACUGCUCGAAGGAAUUUUACCGUAGCAACAACCUAAAGGUUCAUCUACGGAGCCAUACGAAGGAAAAACCAUUUAUGUGCAGUGCCUGUCCGAAAGCUUUCGGAUAUCAGCGGCUGCUGAGAGAUCAUGUUGCUCGUCAUCACCACUAGCUUAGUAAUAGUGACAAUUAUGUCAAGCAUAGAAUGAUUUUUGUUAGAAUAUACGUUCAGUCAAACGAUUAACAUUUAUGAAAAAGGAGUACAAGUUAACAAAUGGAAAUAAAACUAGCGGUUUUUAACUUU